CGGGGUCAAAGUUCGCCAAUAACGGAGCGGAUCGCACAACGGCAAUUCUCGUCCUCGUGUAAACUCGAGCUUUGCGUAACUCUGGAAUCGCGAUUGGGAGGAAUACGAAAUGUCGGGCGCGACGCGCGACGCGCGACGUUUCGCCCCAACAGAUUUCCGCGGCGGAAGAGAUUCCUCCCUCUGGCUCUCUCCCUAACACGCUUCGUUCACUCGACGCGCCUCUAAUCUCGCCGCGAUAACAACGUCUUUCCAAGUGAUUUCUCGUAGAAAGCAGUAGUGUGUCGUUGACCAUCGCUGCGGCCGCUCUACCUCGGUGACGAUCAGUCUCGUCUCUCCUCCUCUUUCAUUUCGCUCGUCUCUCUUUUCGUUUAUUUUUUUCUCCUCUGCUCCGGUCCAAUCUGAUAGAAAAAAAAUCAGCAAACAAGUCAGAUCACUAUUUGACGUUACAUUGACAUUUUUCUCCGACUAACGGAUACAUUCAUAACGCUCAAUCGAACACUGACGUUUUUUUUUUUUUUUUUUUUUGCUCUUUUCCCAUGUAUUCCGUUGUGCCAGGUGAACGACCUUUUCACGCGCGGUCUGGCUGAUUGUUGAUGUAUCUCGGAAUAAUAGAUAACUGUUAGACAUUCUUAAUCGUCUGCAAGUGACAGAGUUUUGAUAAAAAAAAAAAAAACUUUUGAAAAUUAAUAAAAGAAAAAGAGAGGGAGAUAGGCUGGAUUAAUCGUGCUCCAAAGAAGAUAUCCGAGAACCGCCAUGUACUCGAUUCUGGUACUAACGAGAUCCGCUCGGCUCGGUAACACGCCACAAAGACUGACCUCGUCGUUCAUGGGAUCGCGGCUUCCGCAGCUAACAAGUAAUGGCGUGUCACAAGGGUACGUGCGGAGGGAACUGCAAACGUCGGAGAAACCAGGAAGGCAACAGACUUUUACGGAGCGCAGCGAGUUGCAAUACGCUCGUCGACUAGUAAUCAAACUUGGCAGUGCCGUUAUAACGAGAGAAGAUGAACACGGUCUGGCUCUGGGACGUCUGGCGUCUAUCGUCGAACAGGUAGCCGAAUGUCAGAUCGACGGCCGCGAAUGCAUCAUGGUAACAAGCGGGGCGGUCGCCUUUGGCAAGCAGAAGCUCACUCAAGAACUUUUAAUGUCCAUGUCGAUGAGAGAGACUCUGAGCCCUACGGAUCACACACGGGAACACGCAGGAACUAUGUUGGAACCUAGAGCAGCCGCCGCGGUGGGUCAGUCUGGCCUUAUGUCCCUGUACGAUGCGAUGUUCGCCCAGUAUGGAGUCAAGAUCGCCCAGGUGCUGGUGACCAAGCCCGAUUUUUAUAACGAGGAGACGCGGAAGAAUCUCUUCAGCACAUUAAGCGAACUGAUCAGCUUAAACAUCGUGCCAAUCAUUAACACGAACGAUGCGGUGUCUCCGCCACCACACGUCGACGAGGAAGUUGCCGGCGGUGGCGGCAGACGAGGAAUAUCUCUUAAGGACAACGAUUCCCUGGCAGCCAUGCUGGCAGCUGAGGUCCAAGCAGACUUGCUGGUCCUAAUGAGCGAUGUUGACGGAAUCUACAAUCUUCCACCUUGGCAGGAUGGCGCGAAGAUGUUGCACACCUUUAGUUCCGAUCUGCGGGGUACCAUCAAGUUUGGGCAGAAGUCAAAAGUAGGCACAGGCGGCAUGGACUCGAAGGUCAACGCUGCUCUCUGGGCGAUGGAUCGUGGCGUUGCGGUAGUCAUUUGUAACGGCACACAAGAGAAGGCUAUUAAGAGCAUCAUGUCGGGCAGAAAGAUUGGAACAUUCUUCACGCAGGCUACCGGCUCGUCCACCCCUGUCGAGGUGGUCGCUGAAAAUGCCCGCGUCGGCAGUAGACUGCUACAGGCGUUACGACCAGAGGAACGAGCCGAGUGCAUCAAAAUCCUUGCAAACUUACUCGAGUCCAGACAGUCCGAAAUUCUUGCGGCAAACUCGCUGGAUCUGGAGGCCGCGAGUAAGAAAAAUCUGGCAAAGGCUUUGCUAUCGCGUCUGUCUCUAACGCCGGCAAAACUCAAAUCCUUAAGUUCCGGCCUGCAUCAGAUCGCGGACGAUUCAUUGAACAAUGUAGGUCGCGUACUUCGUAGGACCAGAUUGGCCACAGAUUUGGAAUUGGAGCAGAUAACGGUGCCCAUCGGAGUGUUGUUGGUGAUUUUCGAAUCGAGGCCAGAUAGCUUGCCUCAGGUAGCCGCUCUAGCCAUGUCCAGCGCCAACGGACUUCUCCUGAAGGGUGGUAAGGAAGCUUCCCACAGCAACAAGUACCUGAUGGUGCUCGUGAAGGAAGCGUUGGAAAAAUUCGGCGCCUCGAACGCUAUUUCGCUUGUGUCUACGAGGGAAGAUGUGGGCGAUCUUCUCUCGAUGGAGAAGCAUAUAGAUCUCAUCAUCCCUCGCGGCAGUUCGGACUUGGUUCGCACGAUUCAGGAGCAAUCUAAGCACAUACCCGUCUUGGGACAUGCCGAAGGUAUCUGCCAUGUUUACAUCGACAAGGAUGCGGAUGUAGCAAAGGCCAUGAGAAUUAUCAGAGACUCCAAGUGCGAUUAUCCCGCCGCGUGCAAUGCUAUGGAGACGUUAUUGAUACACGAAAGUCUUUUGAAUGGCAGCUUCUUUAGCGACGUUUGCAGCAUACUGCAUAAAGAAGGGGUGAAAAUCAAUUCCGGUCCAAAACUGAGAGAAUUAUUAACUUUCGGUCCGCCUCCCGCCAAAAGCAUGCGAAUAGAAUAUGGUGCACUCGAAUGCACCAUAGAGGUAGUUUCGGACGUCGACGAUGCCAUUAGCCACAUUUAUAAAUAUGGUAGUAGCCAUACCGACGUUAUUGUCACUGAGCAAACUAGCACAGCGGCGCAUUUCCAGAGGGAGGUAGACAGCGCGUGUGUCUUCCAUAACGCCAGCACCAGAUUUGCAGAUGGCUACAGAUUCGGUCUUGGAGCGGAGGUUGGUAUUUCCACAACACGUAUCCACGCACGUGGUCCGGUAGGAGUCGAUGGACUAUUAACGACAAAAUGGAUUUUGAAAGGCGAUGGACACGCGGCCGCAGACUUCGCUGAAGGAGGCAGCCGAACCUGGCUGCAUCAACCUUUACCUCUCACAGAAUCAUCGUAAAUCAAUUGUGUCAAACUUUUGUGAUCUUGGGAUAAUUAGAAUCGUUUAUAAAAUAAUACGAAUACGGUUCUUUAAAGAAAAAGCAUGAUAUCAGACAUUGGGAAAUAUAGAUGGAAACAAGGCAUGAAAGACUAUAAAUUAGAUAAAAUACUAGUUUAUCUCAUCAUUCUUGAUAUAUAUACAUAUCGAAUCAAAAUUUAAAAUUGUAACUACAUAAUCAAUUCAUUGACAAAAAAAAUUUUUAUAAAAUUUUCAUAUUUAUGGAAUGGAAUAUAUCGGUCUCAUAGCUGUAUGAUAUAUAGCUGUGAUACUAUUUUAUAGAAGGACGGUCCGAUAAGUACUUAGCCUCACCGCCCGAUGGUGCCAGUAGCGCAAGAGAGAUUUAUUAUCGUGUAGUACAUUCUCGUAGACGGCUACUGUCAAAAUUUCAGCCGAAUCGGACUCGUAGUUUUGUUUUGACUGCAU